GUUUGUAAAUGGAUAGUGAUUCGUUAUUUCGUUCGCAAUUAUUAACCGCAAGCAAAUGACCGGUUGCUAAUUGUUUUCGCAAAAACAUCUGUUUUAUGAUUUUGUUGAAGUUUCUGCCUGUGGCGUUGUUACUGCACAGGCAAGUUUUGGCAAAAGUUCCCAUAAUGGAUGUAAUCAGGCAAUGGCAGAGUAUAGCAUGGUGCAAACCGGACUGGUGUUUCCCCAGCAUGAGUAAGGAGACGAAUGAGCUGUUACGUCAGUGCGCUAACCUGCCCAAAUUGGAGUUGUCGGAUGAUGUCGAAGAGAUUAUAAAGAAAAGCAAGGAUUUUCCCAUACCGUUUCCGAUUGAGACUAUAAGGCUGGAAAGACUCAAAAUGCGAAGACCCAUCGAAAGACUGAAGAAAAACAUAGCGUCAACCUAUCCUGUCAUACAUGAAAGGGUGUUGCUGUUGAUGACACAUUUUCUCAUUUACAAAAGAGAGUUCGGUUCGAGCAUAGAGAAGGCCUUCUACAAAGACAUGACCGUGCCAGAACUGAUCGACAGGCUACUGAAGAAGCGAGCGGCUGUCUUCAUGGGCCCAGAAGAUACCUACAAACUGGUCACUGGACAAGAAAGCGAAGACGGUUGGGAAUCAGUGGGCACGUUACAACAGAAGCCACCGCUACUCCUUGAAAACUGUCUAAGCUACGAUGAGAUGAAGUUAUCAGCUUUUGUAUACGUUAGCAGCCCUACGGAAUGCAUCAACAAUGGAUCCAGGCAUAAUGAAGGGGUCGAGAGCGAUGAUGAUGCGGAGACACACGCUGUUAUUGUGGGUCAAAUAGGCGCUCGUUUCGAGCGUACCAACCGCAUGGAUUACGAAGAUAUCGUCAUAACUGAACAGCAGAACCGCCUAGAGAAUGGUUAUGGUGAAGAAGUCACGCCUACAACUUGCCUCAAUGUACUGAAGACUACGUACGUGCGAAAUAAUCAGUCCGCCAGGCAUAUGUGGCGGCAAAUGUGGGCAGAAUUCUAUCAGGUGCACAGUGUAACCUACGAAGAACUAAUCUCGUACGUAACAAUAGAAACGAAAUCGGAAGAGAAGCAAUAUACGGACCGGUACAUACCAAUCGGCGAUACAGUAGUGUUCGACAACGAGGUAUACUAUAAGCGGAUAAGCGUGCUAGCGGAGAGCGCGCUGCUUGAAGCGGAGCACAGGGCCAAGGAAGCGGAGAAGGACGCGUUUGUGAAUGUGAUCGGGUGUGGUCUCGGCGUCUGGUCACUAUCUCGCCACCAAAACGACGUAUACAUCCUAACGUUCCUCGAACGAAUCCGCUCUUUCCUCAAGAAGGACCUUCUGAACCACGUAUCCGACGUCAAUUUCUCGUACAUCCGUCCCAGCAGUGGGAUUGUGAACCUAUUCAGCGUGGAGAAGAGGAUAUUCUUGGAGAGUAAAAGACAUCCCAGAGGUGGGAUUAAUGUUCAGCUGGAGAAUCGGGAGCCGUCUGCCAAAUUGACGGGAGAACAUGAAGGGAAGUUGCUGGUGAUGAAUUACCCGUGGGACGGGAAUGCGCUGCCUGGGAAUGAGUUUUGGCUAGGCAGUCUGUCCGGCUCAGGCGAUCCGGCCACCGCAGCCUCCACCCAAGUGUCCGAACUCCACAACCCGCACAUCAACCCGGCCGUCACCGGACACAACACGAGGGUAGUCGGCAAACACGGCAUGAAGACGCUGUCCGAAUACUGUGCCAGUUAUACGUAGGAUUGUAUAACUUGUAGGUCUGGGAGUUGUUGCCACUGUAUUUUGGACUUUAUUAACAUGGGGUACGGUUCAAAAUAUGUUUCCAGAAUUAAAUAAUAAAAUUACAGAAAUGAAGUAAGCACGGUAUGAAGACGCUGUCCGAAUACUGUGCUAGUUAUACGUAGAAGAAAUUGUCGGUCAGGGUGAGUUUUUGUCACUAUAUUUUGGACUUUAUUAACAUGGGAUACGGUUCAAAAUAUGUUUCAAGAGUUAAAUAAUAAAAUUACAGAAGUGUGAGGGUCGGUAAGCAAGGUAUGAAGACGCUGUCCGAAUACUGUGCCAGUUAUACGUAGAAGAAAUUGUCGGUCAGGGUGAGUUGUUGCUACUGUAUUUUGGACUUUAUUAACAUGGGAUACGGUUCAAAAUAUGUAUCAAGAAUUAAAUAAUAAAAUUACAGAAGUGAAGUACGCACGGUAUGAAGACGCUGUCCGAAUACUGUGCCAGUUAUACGUAGAAGAAAUUGUCGGUCAGGGUGAGUUUUUGUCAUUGUAUUUUGGACUUUAUUCAGUCGAAAUAAAGCCCAAAAUAUGUUUAUUGAGGGGGAAAAUAGUUACAGAAUUAUAGGUCUUUAAUUUGGCAGCGUAUUUUGAACUUUAUUAAGACGAGAUAAAGUCUAAAAUAUAAAAGCUAAAUAUGGUAACGAAACGCUGUCCGAAUACUACGCGAGGUACACGUAGAAUUUAUUAAAUUGUCGGCCUGGAACUUUUGCCACCGUAUUUUGAACUUUAUUCAGACGGAAUACGGUCGAAAAUAUGUUUGAAAAUUUUAACUAAAAACUUAAAAUUGUGAACGGUUUGGAGGGUUAAAGUACGGUUAGAUAGAAGCCUUCCCAUUAUACGUAAUAAAGUUUUAAUAUAAUUUGUUGCCAUUUGUUGAAAAUUACUUUAAAUAAGGCAACUAUUUAAUCAUCAUUGCCACUGCAUUUUAAUCCUUAUUGCCUUACAUUGCUUCGUAUUGUAUGAUACAGUCAGGCGUCAAAUAAUUUGUGACACCCAAAGUGGCCAAAAAGUUGAAAAUACC